GUUGCUAUCAAGAGCUUAGAGGUUUUUUGAUAGAUUUAGUUGUCAGUUGUCAAAACAAAUAUUGUAAUUUUCUAUAAGGUCCUUUUCGCCAGCGUAAGUAAACCCCAAUAAAGCAAGGGUCAUCGGCCGAUGCCCAAGCCCGACAGGGCACCCAAUUCGCCAUCCUGUGGCUUUGAAACCACUUAUACUAAAAGACUCAAAAUUAGAUGCAGACCGAACUAUGAGGAAAUAGCCAGAAUAGCAAAGAUUAACAACACUAACGCAUUCAAGGCAAAGCUGAAAAUUAACCCGAUUUCAAACGUGAGUACAAGCAACAUACCACUAAUUUACUCUAACACUGGGAUCAGCUGCUCAGAACAAGGGGAACCCCUGUCAAAAAAUAUUUCAAAACGACCUUCGGAUGACCUCAAAGUAACAGAAAAUCAGGCAAAUAUAAACGUAAUCCACGUAGCAACAGUGGAGCCGGUAACGGCCACACAAACAGAGGUAACUUUGAACGCAAAUAAAGAUAGCGAAGGGGAAAAAAGUGAAGAACAAUACUACAGCUCUGUAGACAGUAACGACGGGGAUUUACCCCAAAACUCGGAUGUAGACAUGGAGGAAAAUACCUCAGAUAAAGAUCCGGAUAAAAAAUCCAAUACCUCAUCAUCCGAGGAAACCCCCCCCACCCCAGAAAAAGAAAAUAUCCCAAACCCCACCCCCUAUGAUGAUUUCACAUCAGCAUACGUCUCCAUACCGUCCGCGGAAGGGCUAAAAAUAACUAUAAUGAACAGCGAUGUUCCAUCAGCUCUUAGGCAAAAUAUCAUGGGGUAUAAAGAAACAAGUGGGCCCGAACUAUCAGGGGAUGAACGCCAAAUACCAGUUCUCAACCAAAAGGUCAUACAGCCAAUUAUGCACGAACUUCCGGAACAACCCAGAGAACUAACACUAUCAGACGGCAGAACACAGCCUAAGGAACCGAUAAGGGUGCAAAAACCCCCAAAACCACCCGUGACGGUGACCGAACCGACAAUUAAAAACGUAAUAACAAAGAAACAGCCAAAAGAGGCCGAAAAAGCAGUUAAAGAGACUGAGAUACAGCUACCGCCACAAGACGAAGAAGAAAAAACAUCCCCUAACAGUACAUUUACUCUGCACAGAACCAAAAGAAGCAGAAGGGAUAAUGGUGAUGUAGACAAAAUAGAAGUAAAUAAUGAUACGCCCAUGGACGUCGAAAAUGACACCCCUCCAAAGAUAAGUACUAAUCUACGGAAAAUCUUCAAACAAAAGGUCAUAGCAACAAUGCCUAAGCCAAUCACACUAAAAAACAGAUACCACGUCCUAACAGACGAAUCAGAUGACGAAGAAUCGGAUGAACAAAUCGAGAAACGUAGACAGGAAGCCAGGAAAGAAAGAAGGGGUAGUAAAAAGGUCACAGUAGAGACUGCCAAAGAGGCGGAAAACAAAAAAGAAGGGAUUCAAAACAAAAAGAAGCCCACAAUGCCACCCAUAGUACUAGACGGCGUCCCAGAAGACCACAAAGGGCUAACUGGAGUACUCAGGGAACUAAUAAAAGGAAAGUUCAAUGUAAAAUAUACCAACUCAUCUACGAUAGUCUUCACAGAAGAAAAAUCAGACUAUGAUAGUGUCCUGGCAAACGUAAAAAGGGAAGAAAUGGCGUAUCAUACUUAUACCAGUAAAACUGAUAAAUCUCAUGCCUUCGUCAUCAGAGGGCUGGGAGACGGCACAAAAAUAGAAGAUCUGGAAGAAGAUCUAAUGGAAGAGUAUGAGAUAAAGAUAAGGGCAGCAUACCGCAUGACAACCAAAAAUAGGCCCCUAUUCCUGGUAGUCACAGAUCCCUCAAUAACAUUAGAUUAUCUAAAUAGAAACGUACGAGUGGUACUGUACACACGAAUUACAUGGGAGCUUAGAAGGUCGACUAAGCAAAUUAUACAGUGCCACAACUGCCAGGCGUGGGGGCACGCCACUGCAAACUGCGGUAGACCAUCAAACUGCCUUAAAUGCGCUGCUGGACACCAUACAAAAACCUGUGUCAAGACUAGAGAUACCCCGGCCAAAUGCAUCAACUGUGGAGGAGACCACCCGGCCAAUUUCACAAAAUGCAAGGCUUAUGUCGAAAGAAUAACCAGAAUGGAAGAGAGAAAACAAAAUAGCAAUAAAAAUCAAAAACAAACGUACAUUCCUGCACCCCUACCCACAAAAAAUAGGUGGGAAAGCAGGAGAGAGGCCAUGAAUAGCACAAAUUAUAAUACGGAGUUCCCUCUCCUACCGGGCGACACGGAGUUCCCUCUCCUACCGGGCAGUAGAGCUGAUCCAAACACGAGGACGAAUCAGGAAGCACGAAAACAACCCUCAAGGUCAAAUAAUCAAAAUCAAAGCACACAGGGAGAUAUGGGUGAUCUUUUCGCGUUAAAUCACGAAAUGCAAGAAUUAAAUUCACUGGUAAACAUCUCAGAACUCACACGAGCGGUAAGGGAACUCAACUCACAACUCAGGGAAUGCCGCAGCGAAGCAUCCAUAUUUCUAACUUAUAACAAUUUUAUGACCAACCUAAACAACUAUAAAUUCAGGAAUUAAAUUCGCUGCGGAAUUCCGGGACAAAUACAAAAUCUGUUCUUACAAUGUUAAUGGGCUGCUUAACAAGAUUCAUCUUGUUAGCAACUUCAUUUAUAAACAUAAAUUCGACAUCGUAAUACUUUCAGAGACAAAUUUAAAACCACAGCACAAAAUAAAAGUAAGAGACUACGAAAUUUACAGACAAGACAGACUAGACCAACGCGGAGGGGGCGUGGCUCUCCUUGUCAAACGGACCAUUCAGCAUGCAGCAUUUCCAAACGUAAUUUCUAGCAUUGAACAUGCCAUAGUCAAAAUAGGGGGUUUUACAAUCAUUGGGGCGUACAACAAAC